AGAGGGAUGGACGAACACGACAAGAGCAGCAUGGCUCAGGCUACCGUGACUUUUCUCAUGCCGGCUCCAGUGCGGGGACGCCCUUCUCUGCCAAUCUUGCCAUCUCCUGCCAUAUCCGGCGCUGAACUCCCGGCGCCUCCUCGAUCGGUGAUCGCCGCCUCUCCCUGCCGCCUCCCUGCCAUCCAUAUCGGGUUUCUUACUUGCGACACCGCGGGCCACAACUUUGUCCACCUCUGAAGAGUAGCUCUCUUCUGCUCGUCGCUCGACCAGCCCAAUUCUCUAAUCUCGCAUGAGGAAGGGUCAUGCACCCGUUUGAUACCCUCCGCUAUAAUGCUCACAUUUCUGCUUUUGCCUCUGGAACUUCGCCUGGCGGUUUACGAGACCUUUUUAGCACAACACCAAUCUGUCCACCAGAGUCAGCAGCCCUCGAACGAGCACAUACGUGUAUUGCGCACAUGUACACAGAUAUAUCAUGAGGCGUCUCCCAUUUUCGCCCGUUAUAUUUCCCUUCUGCAUGAACGGCAGAUCCACGCCUUUCUCGCCUGUCCUGGCGUCAUCCAGCCUUCACAAGUACUGUGGGCAGAUGUCGCCAAUGACGGAAGGUUAUUGCACACAGACAAAAACUCCUAUCCACUUUCGCAGCUAUAUUUGGCCAUGCGGAUGCUAUCGUCCCUACAGCACUUGAGAGUCUUUGACUGUCGCCAAGGCCUACCAAUCAGCUUGCACUGUGAGUAUCUAAGCUGUCUACAUUGUUGUAGUUUACAAUACGUAUUCUAUGCAGCGAUGAGAAGCAAGCAAAUUUCCUUGCAGUUCGAACAAGCAAUGUUCGCUGAGAGUAGCGGCAGACCGUCCUUGUAUUCCUAUGAGCUUUUUCUCAACCCGCACACGAGAUCCAAACCAUUCUCGAUGGUCGCCUCCCAGUCCUUGAGGUGUCUGCGAUUAUCCGGAGAGUGUCAUAUAUCCGCCGAUGUCAAAGCCAUGCCCCAUCUGCGUCGCUUAGUUCUCUAUGGUGUCACGAGUAAUUAUUUCGAUCGCAACAACCUGCAGGAUUGCUUCUUCGGUGCAGAGCUGACUGAAUUCUCCUACGCGGUGGGCGCAAAAAAUGGUUUCCUCAUCCGCGACCAUCACAUUAGGUCAUUGGCCUCUGGAAUCGGUCGCAACCUGCGUAAACUGGUUUUAUUAGGAUGCAGUCGCCUGACCAGCGUAGCACUGGCCGAAUGUCUGGGUGCACUUAGCAACCUCGAAUAUUUCGCGCUCUCGAUGAUCACAGUGGACGAGUUAGACGUCAAUUUCCUCGCGCUUCUCCCGCGAACGGUCUCCACACUCAAAUUCAGUAUCACCAACGCUGGAUACACGAUGCCGUUCAUAGCGCAGGAACGGGCAAUUUGCAAUACGUUGGAAGAUGAUGUAUUUAAUCGUGUUCCAAGGUUGCUGCGUAUAGCGGUGGAUUUCCGACCUCUGCUCAUGGAUGAGGAGGGACGGCGAGAACGAUGGGAAACAAUUCUCCGUCACCGGAGGACACCAUUGUACAUAGGUAACUGGAUGCAACGCGAAGAUGUAUAGAAAGCAGUACGCUGUGUGCUAUGUGCCUGGCAGUCCUUGAAAUUAAGCAAGGCAGAUGACUAUGCAUUUGCUUUACAUGCGCCGUAACCCGAAUCCGAGGAUGCCGGAAUAUAAGUACAUCCAAUUCAUCUGGUAUUUUAAAUUGUCUGUCAAGCGACACACAUGUGAAAAGCGAAAACUACAGCAAUGUCCGACCAAUGUCCAUGGAAAAGUAGUCCAAGCAUAGAAUACACCAGAGUAAUCUCUAAUAGGCGGGCCGAUUCGCAUAAUACGAACGAAUCUCAAAGUCCUCAGACAGUGGCUUUUGCAGUCGCGGUGUCUUCCGACGGAACGAGCCUUCCGCUAUCAAAACAGAUUAAAGUCAGUUCAGGUUC